GGAGGAGAAACAAAGAGGAGCGCUAGUUUCUACCAAAAGGGAGUGAACAGUAGAGGUGACGAGGAAGCGCAGAAGAAAGAGAGACACGCAAACCGUUGGUUGUAGCAUGGAAGAAGGAAUACCUAAGCCCCCGCCACCACCUCCACCUCGUAGCUGUACCGAUGAGGCGUGGAUCAAGCAAGUGUGCAGAAAAGUAAAUUCAUCACGCCCCGUAGACCACCCUGGCAACCCAUGCACCAUCUUUAGGGUCCCUGGGCACAUCCGACGGUUGGAUCCCGAAGCCUAUGAACCAAUGGUUACUUGCUUCGGACCUUUUCACUAUGCGUACCCGUAUUCGAGUUAUGUCAUGCAGGACCACAAGUGGCGGUGUGUUGGGCACCUUCUAUCGCGUCAUGGAGGUGAAGAGCUUCAAAAUCGAUUGUUGGGUAAAUGCCUGUCAGAGAUGAAGAAACAGGAUGAUAAGAUCCGGAGUUGCUACUCUGGGGAACUCCCUCCAUCGCUGGAUGCCCAAAACUUGGCAUCGAUGAUGUUGCUUGAUGGCUGUUUCAUCAUUCAUCUCAUGCUAAAAAUGUGGCAGAAGGGGAUGGAAGAUGAGACAACAGAGGAGGAUGAGGGCAAGAAGAAGGGAGAGUGGAAGAUUGAGCUGGGGGAAGAUGGGACGGUUUUAAGUAUGAGGAAGGGGGAUGAACAGCUUGAGAUCCCAUAUGAGGCAGGGCAAUCCACUUUUAAUAUAGUGGUUUAUGAUGUGCUCAAGCUUGAGAACCAAAUUCCUUUCUUCGUCAUCCAAUUGCUAUUCCAUCAUCUCAAAUCACCGAAGGAUGGAGAGGUUAAUCUGGUUGACCUUGCUCUCCACCUCUUCAAGGACAUCCAUCCCCAGAAAUCCAAAUCAUUCCAGAAAGGGCUCCCCGACGACUACCAUCAUCUGCUUCAUCUAUUUUAUUCAUCUCGGACCCCUUCAAUUAAAGAGCGAGCAAAGACACCAGGAUGGAUUCGUCGUGCAAUUGAAUGCAAGGGGAAGCUUCCAAAAAAGGGGCCCAAGUGGAAGGAAUUGGAAGUUGCUCUGCCAUCUACGCCCAAGUGGACUCCUAAUGCAAUGGAGCUCGACAGAGUUGGGGUGAAGUUUAAGAGGAACGAAUGGGCAGACAGUUUCUUGAACAUAAAAUUCAAGCAGAGGGGGCUGAGGAUCGCGCCACUACUAUGCCUCUUGAGGUUGUGUUUAAUGUUUAAAAGCGGAUGGAUGGAGAUACCACCUCUACAAAUCUAUGGCUAUACUAGUCAUCUCUUACGGAACCUCAUGGCUUUCGAACAAUGCUAUCCUAAAACUGAGAUGUACAUCAUGACAUACAUAUCUUUUAUGGAUGGCAUCAUCAAUCAGGCUGAGGACGUGCGAUUGCUCCGCUUGGAAGGCAUACUACAACACAAAUUGAGCAAUGAUAAAGCAGCAGCAGAACUUUUCAAUAAACUAGGCAGUCAGAUACAGUUUGAUUGGAAAAGUAACUACCUUGAAAAAGAGAUUACGGAAGUAAUUUAUAGAGUAGACAAGUUUUAUGAAUUCAAAUGGCACGAAUGGCUUGCUGGGCUGAGGCGAGAUUAUUUUGGCAACCCAUGGACUAUAAUUUCGGUGUUGGCAGCCACUGCUAUUCUCUUGCUGACUGUUGAGCAAGCAAUCUUUUCAACUAUGUCCUACUUUCGCUCUUCAUAGGUGUUUUUGGCCUGCUCUCCUAUGCAAGCAUGGAUCACAGACAGAUCUAAUUGAAGGGUGAGUAGGUAAGAAAGGAUUCCCUCCAAACAUAGAUAGUGGAGAAUUUUUUGUUUAUAUGGGGAGAAUAGAAACUAGAUGGUUAAGUGGGGUUGCGAGGUAGUAUACAUAAAUGCAGUUGGCUAUUGUUGACCUCAUAAAAAAUAAUUUGCUGUGAUGUAUCAUAGUUGG